AUGGCGACCCGGUCGCUGCGCCACAGGUCGAGCCGUUACUCGAGUCCGGCGACUUUUGGUGAAAAAGAGCCUGCACCCAAGCCCGUCGACGACCCGCCGCCGAGAAAUGGGCAACAGACCAGCUUGGAUGGUUGGAUCGAGCCAGCGUUGCGACCGCCGGCCCCGAGUUUUGAAGAUUCAAGAGGCCUCGAGCGGGUGGGAGUGCUGGAGAACAUGCAGCCGCUGGGCACCGCGCCUUCGCAACGCCUGCUGCAGAAGUUGAAGUUGACCUAUGCGAGACCCUCGCCACGACCAACACCGGCACAGAUAGCGGAGGAGGUGGUCACGCCGGCGACGGAGCCAGCAGAAAAGAUGGAUUUGGCGUCGCCCGUCGAGGACGCAGCGGCAGAGCAACCGCCUGGCAUAUUUCCCGACCUUCCCCCUCCCCAUCAAGCGCCGCCCGAUACCAUCCUGAUCGCGAGUCCGCCACGAGGUCGGCCGUCGGGGAGACUCUCUACAGAGAUGCCGCAACCUGGCGGCCUGUCACCGUCACCCAUUACGUAUCCCUUGGCUCCUGCCCAGCACGUCUCACCAAAACCACUGUCGAUCCAGCAGCAAUUACGGCAAGACCGACUUCGAACCCACGUGGAGCGCGCCAUCCAGGAAGCCCAGCAGAAGAACACGCCCGCUCUUGUGAAUGGCCUCCAGCGACUUCGUGAGGAUGCUCACGUCAAUUACGAUUUGUGGAAUGUCGUUGAGGCGAUGAUGAGCAACUCUCCCACUCCGGACCAGUUCAAACUCUUCAAGCGCUACAUCAAAUCCGGCGUCAAGCAGCACAGAAGAGAGUCUGAAAUGUCCGCGAGCCCUUAUCAUCCCUCACCUCAGAGAUUCAGCGAGCUCACUUCGCCCAAUUACCGAGAACACUCACCGAGGCCACGUCACAGCCAAAUUCCUCCACCGGGCUAUCCCGAACAGCCACAUCCUAGGCUCAACCUCUACAUUAGCGGAACAGCCCCCCCGAGUACCUACGGUUCCGAGGAGAUGCCAGUUUCGCCGUCCACGGUGCCGCCUCAAUUGGGGGUUCCGGAGCUCAGUACUCGGACGUCUCGGCCAACCGCGACCACAUCGCCGCACAAACGGAAACGAUCAGGCAGUAUAUCGAGUUCCUCUUCACUGUCGCCGCCGCCAUCAGAUUUUGAGGGAGUGCUGCCGCAAGAUUGGAUAGAGCUGGAUGGCCCAGAUGGCAGUGGAGGAUCGGGACCAGCUGCACGGCGCCAAGACAAAAGCCGGGGGCCAGCUGGCAGCAGACUCCGUUCAUCAGCCAGUGCCCCAAAUCACCCUGCUCAACCCUCUCCCGAACACUCCCAACCCGAGGCCGCGACUGCCUCGAGGGCCAAUGCCAGCAAGCGAUUCAAGAAGGGACGCGAAGAAACAGAAUUUGACCUCGACGAGCUCUCUCGGCGGAAACGAAAUUUUCUGGAUGACAGUUUCCAUGACUAUAACACCAUUCCUCGGCCGGAAAGCAGUGAACGAGAGCCUAUCCACGGCCACCCAGAACGCCUUGUGGUGACCGACAAUCCACCUCCGCCUGUUAUUCACCCCAAUCGUCUCGCCGUCUCACAGGCGGCAUUUCCAUCUGCCUUGAGCGUACAGCCACCGUCUGUCGAUAUUCCGGCUCACGGCGUCGGCCGCAAGAGAGCGUAUGAUGAAGUCGAGGCCGAUGACCUUGACUUUACUUCGGCCGGAUCGUCGUCGCCAGGUCCGCUGCUUGUACCACCGCCGCCGCCGGGCGUGGCAAAGGCUGCGUCGCGAGCCGCAACCCCGAGAGCGACCAGACUCCACCCUGCGCAGAAGACUCGCAAGUCUGCGCGUGUGAUGGUCUCGCCCAACAAGCCCAAGAAUGGCGGAAUCACGGCAGGAAUUUCACGUGCGGGGCCUGGGCGUGACAGCCGUGAUGCUGCGAUCGGCAAUGUCAACGGUGCGGAUUCAGGCGCAGAGGAUAAUGAUGAAUUUUGUGCGUCGUGUGGUGGCGAAGGAAAGCUGCUCUGCUGUGAUGGAUGCACGAAUUCAUUCCAUCAUGCGUGCCUGGAGCCGCCUCUGAACCCUGAGGAAGAAGUCGAAGGCGAGUGGUUCUGCCCACGAUGCGUCGCCCGAAGAACCAAAGAGGCGCCAUCUCCGGCAGGACUCUUGGGCAUGGUCAUCCGUCGAGUCGACGACAUCAUCCCCAAGGCCUACGCGUUACCCCCUGAUAUUCGCGAGUACUUUGAAGGCGUCCGUACGGGCGAGGAAGGCGAGUAUGAAGAAGUCGGUCUCCCCCGCACCCAGAACAAUGUCGGGAGGAUGAACCGAGCCGGCUUCAUCGAGGAGCCGAACUACAAGGAGACGCGCGACGGCAAAGGCCACAUCAUCCGAUGCUAUCAAUGCAACCUGACCACCAAUGGACGCGACAUUAUCCCGUGCGACUUCUGUCCUGCUAAAUGGCACCUGGAUUGCAUAGACCCGCCGCUUGCCGUACCGCCUCGGCGUCGCGCCGGUGAUAAGCCAGGCGCCGCGUGGCGCUGUCCGCUUCACGUCGAUCAGGACCUCUUGUCCGUCAGCCGACAGGCCGAGAAAGCUCCAGGCGACCUGGGUCGUAUUCCCAAACCCCGGAGGCCGAAGAACGCCAUACCGUUGGACAUCGCGGUCGCUCGCGGCUUCAGAAACAACGGAGUCAUCGAGGUGGAGCUCAUAAAAGACCAGCCCGAAGCUGACAAAUUGAAGGAAUUGCGGAUGAAUGGCAGAGUCUAUCGUGUCCCGGAGAUGGGUAUCCGCCUGGACUUUAUCGACCGGGUCAAGAAGAGUUGGUACGAGGACCAAUCUUUCCCCAGACUGAUGGACGCACCCAAGAGGACGCGCAACCGGAAAUAUCGUCCUGAUGGCGCGGUCCUUCAUCAUCCACCUCAACAGAGCAUUGUCAAGAUCCGCGAGCCGGAUUUCUUCACCGGUGCAAACGCCCUCGCCAUUACAGAGACUGCCAAAGCCAACGUCGCUUUGCGGAACCGUUCGAUCAGAGAACAGCAGACCGUACUGAACCUCGCUCGGAUGUCCGAGAGGGGAAUUGAUGGAUAUUCUGGAGAUGCACUAGCCGAACUGACCAACACCCUGAUCAGCGAAGCUCCCGAUAAGGUCGUGAGAGCCGCCGAACGAACAGAGGUGGACCAACUGCUACAACUCCAGGAGCUCAUCAACCGGAGACUUGCAAUUUUGAACCGUCCGGGCAAUCCUACACCCUCGGUAGAGAUCGGACGCCCAGUGUCUAACCGUAGUGUGAACGGCAAUCGGGUCCCUCCUGCUCAAGACCCAAACAUUGAUCCAAUCCUGCGAAGUGGCGGGUUUGACGUCCCUCCAGCGAAGACGUUUCUAGUUCAGGACUUGCCCAUCGACCCUGCCCUACAAAUGAGCACCAUGAGCGCUGCUCCGAAGACAAAGUUCCUGAACGGUGACGCACUAGAUUAUGGGGACGCGCAAGACGCUGACGACGAGGCCGAGAUUUCACUGGGAUCCUUCGGCCAGUCCGGGAAAGCAGCAUGGCUGGCUAGUCGAGAGGAGAGUCGGCUGGCUAGUCGAGAGGAAAGUCGACGAUGGCGAGAUGACACUUCUGCGUCCAGGAAGUCAACCCCUACAGGAUAUGCACCUUCUACGAAACAUUCUGUCUCUCGACACGGGUGCGGCAAUGGGAAUGGAACUGGUGUGGAUGGGGUGGAUGGGAUGGACGGGAUAGAGAUGGGUUCUUGA